CACUAGCAAUGGAGCUGAAGAACGAAUGGAUCCAGGAGGACGACGUUUACGAAAACCCUCUGCUAAAGAUAACCCUGAAUGGGCUGAAAUACUACGGUAUCCUACUGUACAAAACUCAACCGCUGAAGAAACUGAACUGCUUUCGUGGGGUUGUCUUCACCGCGUCGAUGCUGGCCUUCAACGUUACCCAGUAUAUCGACCUGUACCAAGUGUGGGGUAACAUCGGGGAUAUGACAGCCAACGCGGCUACAACUCUUCUGUUCACUACGACCAUUGUUCGGAUUUUUCAUUUCUACGGGAACAGAACCAGAUUCAACAACGCCAUCAAAUACGCAGACGAGGGAGUUCAACAUGUGCUCCGGUUUGGGAUGCCUGCCGAGAAGGCAAUUUUCUGGCAAAAUGUAAAAUACAUGCAACGACUGACGGCAGUGUUCUGGAUAUGCGCUCUGGUCACGGCGAAUACUAUGUGUAUCUACGCAUUGAUUCAAUACUUGAGCAAUACGGUGGAAGAACCUGCUACAAUUCUGCGCUCGUGGUAUCCGGCGGAGAACAUGGAGAAACAUUUCCUAGUGCUGUACUGUAUACAGUUGUACAUCAUGUACGUGGGUCAGUUGAUCGUACCCUGUUGGCAUGUCUUCAUGGUCAGUCUGAUGGUGUACGUGCGGACGUCGUUGAUGAUCUUGAACCAUAAGUUGGCUCACAUGGAUGAGUAUGUGGCCUCGGGGAUGCGCAGUGGGCGGAAACCGCAGGUGGUCAAAGAUCCAACGGAGGAAAGUUAUGCGACACGCCGGGAACUGAUCAUCGAGUGUAUCCAGCAACAGAGAAAGGUCUACGGCUAUACGAUCGAGCUGGAAGAUUUGAUCAAAGGUGCCGUUUUUAUGGACUUUGUCGUGUUUUCGGUAUUACUGUGUGCACUUCUUUUCGAAGCUUCCGUUACGGAUUCGAUGGUGCAGAUAUUCAUUGAUAUCUCCUAUAUUCUAACGAUGACGGCAAUUCUUUUCCUAUACUAUUGGCAUGCUAACGAGAUGCAACAUCAGGCAAAUCUUCUUUCGAAAUCGACGUUCAUGAGUGACUGGUAUAAUUAUCCACGUGUGGUUAAUCGCCAUCUUAUUACGCUGAUAUGCUACUGCAACAGACCGCUCACAAUGAAGGCAUUUUUCCUACCGAUGUCGCUUGAUACCUUCAUAGCGAUACUGCGGGCUUCUUACAGUUAUUUCACAAUACUAAAACAAGCCGCUGAUUAAUUUGUAUGAAAAUCAAUCAUCAUCAGUGAUUUCAUACAUUUGCCACGGGAUGCACCGGAACACAGCUAUAUGCAAUA